AUGGGCAAGAAGGCUAAAGAAAGUGGUGGUGGUGAGGAUGAUGAGAAGAAACUGCGAAUUGCCAUUGUCAACUCAGACCGUUGCAAACCGAAGAAGUGCAAAGCAGAAUGCAAGACCCAUUGCCCAGUGGUGCGAACUGGAAAGCUUUGCGUAGAGGUGAACAGAGACUCAAAGAUUAGUUGGAUAUCCGAGACCCUUUGCAUUGGUUGUGGUAUUUGCGUGAAGAAGUGCCCCUUCGAGGCGAUCACCAUUAUCAACCUGCCAAAGGAUUUGUCCAGUCACACAACGCACCGAUAUGGUCCGAAUACAUUCAAACUUCAUCGUUUGCCAACACCUCGCCCAGGACAAGUUCUAGGUCUCGUGGGCACGAAUGGCAUCGGCAAAUCGACGGCCUUGAUGGCACGAGAUCAUCCAGCAUUUCAGAGGGAGCGAGCUGCAGACGUGCGCCGUAGAAAGAAACCAGCCUUGGAAGGGUUGGACGAGACGCGCAUGAGCACGGGCAAGAGUUAA